AGAGCUGGACAUCCGGCUUGGGAGCGGGCACCUUCGCUUUGCGCGCGACCAAAGAGCGAUUUAAAAAUGGGUGAUGUUGAGAAAGGCAAGAAGAUUUUUGUUCAGAAGUGUGCCCAGUGCCAUACCAUGGAAAAGGGAGGCAAACACAAGACGGGGCCAAAUCUCCAUGGUUUAUUUGGGCGAAAAACGGGUCAAGCCCCUGGAUUUUCUUACACGGAUGCCAACAAGAACAAAGGCAUCACCUGGGGAGAGGAGACACUGAUGGAGUAUUUGGAGAAUCCCAAGAAGUACAUCCCAGGAACAAAAAUGAUCUUCGCUGGCAUUAAGAAGGCAGGGGAAAGAGCAGACUUGAUAGCUUAUCUCAAAAAAGCUACUAACGAGUAAUAGUUGGCUGUUGCCUUAUUUAUUACAAAACAAAAAUGUCUCACGACUUUUUUAUGUGUACCAUAUUUAAAUUGAUCUCAUACACCAGAAUUCAGAUCAUGAAUGGCUGAUAGAAUAUUUUGGACAGUUCUGAUUUAAAUGAGAUUGGCUUGUGGUUAAAUGAAUAUGAUUGGCUUUUUGAACUUUGAUAGUAAUUCUGGUUCAGCAAGUGCUGUCACUGUUUUCCCCUUCAAAAAAUAUGAUUGGAAUUGAUUAGAUGUUAAGCUUUUCAGAGAUGGUAAAUGCCAUGUCUAAACUUAUAUAGGAGAUUGGUUUUAUAUUUAGAUUUAUAUAACUGGUUAUAUUAAUAUAUUUAAAUACUGAGGAAAUCCAUUAUAUCAGAACAGCAAGACAUCAGCUGUGUUUCAAGUUGUAUUUGUUAGCCUGUUAAAGGCAAGGGCUGAAGAUAAGCUGGCAACGUCCACUUUAUCUUUUUAGUCUUAACUAUGCCAAUUUAAUUAAAAUUCCCUGCAUUUAAAUGUUGCCUUUUGCUUAAUGAAAGGCAUUUUAGUGUGGUUUAUGUAUAAAAUUAAAUAAAGAAUAUUAACACUUCUCACAUUUUACAGUUGAUCUGUUAGGUCAGAUGCUUUUAAAAUUCAGUGUGAUAGGUUAUAGAAGCAGAUUUGGCUUGUGAAUUCUUUACGAAGUUAUCAUUCAAGAUUGUCUUCUCAACAGCUAUUCACAAAUACAACUGUGGAUUUACCAUA